GUGCAGCAAUAGAAAAUUACAAAUGCAACAACUGCAACAAAUUCAAAUAUUGCAAAAUGCCAGGCUAAUUUGUUGCUGGCAUCGGUGAAGUUGCUCGGUUUCAGGCUGCAGCCCACAAAACAAAACAAAAUACAAAUUACAAAAAGAAAAAAGUAAAGAAAAGUCAACAACAACAACGACAACAACAAAUUAUAUAUAAGAAGCAGCAGCAGCAGCAGCAAAUAUCUAAAGUGUGCAUUCAAAUUCCAAAUCGUGCCUAAUCGUGCAGCAACUGCAACGUCUCGUGAUGCGACUGCAACAACAACAACAACAACAACAACAAAAACGGAAGUGCAAGUGACGUAAUUUAUUGAAUGCGCCUAAAUGUCUUCCGGAAUUAAUUGUCGUGAAAUUUUCGUAUUUUUGGAAAUUUUGAUUUGGAAUCAAACAAAACAGAGAAAUCGACAAAACAAUGAGCAUAACAACAACAGCAGCAGCAGCAACAACAGCAACAACAGCAACAGCAGCAAGCAACAACAUAAAAAUCACAGCAAACGCAGCAGCAGCAGCAACAGCAACAAAGUCGCAGUGAAAGUGCUAAAAAAUCAACAACAACAACAACAACAACAAAAGCCCAAAACUUCAAAGAGCAACAACAACAACAACAAUAUCAAAUUUGCCAGCCAUCAAAAUUUGCAUGUGCUGCAAAAGGGCUGAAAA